AUGGAGUCAAUCUUGGAUUUUUCAACAGAUUUAGAUAUCAAAUUAUUUGAUCAAACAGUUGAUGCGUUUUAUAAAGGUUCAGGUGAAAAUCAAAAACAAGCUCAAAAUAUUUUAAAUCAAUUUCAAGAACAUCCUGAAUCAUGGAAAUUUGUUGAUAAUAUUUUAUCAAAUUCAAAUAAUCCUCAAUCAAAAUAUAUCGCGUUAUCAUGUUUAAAUAAAUUAAUUCAAUAUAGAUGGAAAAUUAUACCUGAUGAUGAAAGAAUUGGUAUAAGAAAUUUUAUUGUUAAUAUGAUUAUUGCAUUAUGUAAUGAUGAAAAAGAAUUUGAAACUCAAAGAGCUUUAAUUAAUAAAAUUGAUUUGACCUUAGUUUCAAUUUUAAAACAAGAAUGGCCUCAUAAUUGGCCCGAAUUUAUACCUGAUCUAGUAGCAAGUUCAAAAUCGUCUUUUAAUGUUUGUGAAAAUAAUAUGAUUAUAUUAAAAUUAUUAAGUGAAGAAGUAUUUGAUUAUGGUCAAGAACAAUUAACACAAGCAAAAGCUCAACAAUUAAGAAUUAGUAUGAAAAAUGAAUUUGAAAAAAUUUUUCAAUUAUGUUAUGAAGUCUUAGAAAAAACAGAAAAAUAUUCAUUAAUCAAUGCAACUUUAAAUGCACUACUCAAAUAUAUUCAAUGGAUACCAUCAAACUAUAUUUACGAUACUAAUAUUUUAGAUAUUUUAACAAAUAAAUUCUUAGCACCUGUUGAUACAAGAACAAUAACUUUAAAAGUAUUAACAGAAAUAAAUACAUUACCUGGAGAAAAUGAAAAAACAUUAUUAUAUUUUAAAAACACCAUGGAACAAAUCUAUCAAAUUGUACCAGUAUCAACAAACCUAAAGGAAAGUUAUAAAGUUGCAUCAUCAGCAGAUCAAUCAUUUUUACAAGAUUUAGCAAUGUUUUUAUGUUCAUACCUCAACAAUCAUUUAAAAAUUUUAGAAAGUCACGAACAAGCAAAAGAAUUAUUACAAAAUUCACUCUAUUAUUUAUUAGAAUUAUCAAGAAUUGAUGAAAGAGAAUUAUUUAAAACUUGUUUAGAUUUUUGGCAAAUUUUUGUACAACAAUUAUUUCAAGAAACUAGAGAUUUACCACAACAAGAAUUAAGUCCAAUGAUGCAAUUAUCUUAUGGUAACGCAUUGAGAGCUGGAUCAUCUGGUGGUGCACCAGAUCCUGCAUUAUUAGCUAAAUUCCCAUUAAGACAACAUCAAUAUUCAGAAAUAUUAUCAAAAUUAAGAUUGGUUAUAAUUGAAAAUAUGGCAAGACCUGAAGAAGUUUUGGUUGUUGAAAAUGAUGAAGGAGAAAUUGUACGUGAGUUUGUAAAAGAAAGUGAUACCAUUCAAUUAUAUAAAUCAAUGAGAGAAGUUUUGGUUUAUUUAACACAUUUAAACGUUAUAGAUACAGAACAAAUUAUGAUUGAAAAAUUAUCAAGACAAUUAGAUGAAAGUGAAUGGUCAUGGAAUAAUAUUAACACUUUAUGUUGGGCAAUUGGUUCAAUUUCUGGUGCAAUGAAUGAAGAUAUGGAAAAAAGAUUUUUGGUAAAUGUAAUAAAAGAUUUAUUAUCAUUAACAGAAAUGAAAAGAGGUAAAGAUAAUAAAGCUGUUGUUGCAUCAAAUAUUAUGUAUAUUGUUGGUCAAUAUCCAAGAUUUUUAAAAGCGCAUUGGAAAUUCUUAAAAACAGUUGUUAAUAAAUUAUUUGAGUUUAUGCAUGAAACUCAUGAAGGUGUUCAAGAUAUGGCUUGUGAUACUUUCAUUAAAAUUACAAACAAAUGUAAAAAACAUUUUGUAGUAAUUCAACAAAAUGAAAGAGAACCAUUUAUAAAUGAAAUCAUUAGAGAAAUACAAUCAAUAACAGAAGAUUUACAACCUCAACAAGUUCAUACAUUUUAUGAAGCAUGUGGUAUAAUAGUAAGUGCACAAACUAAUAAAGAAGCAAGAGAUAAACUAUUGAGUGAAUUAAUGGCAUUACCAAAUAUGGCUUGGUCAGCAAUAAUACAACAAGCAGGCCAAGAUCCAGCAUUAUUAACAAAUACUGAAACAGUCAAAAUUAUUGCAAAUAUUAUCAAAACAAAUGUUGCAGUAUGUAAAGCAUUAGGACCUGGUUUCUAUUCACAAUUAGGGUUCUUGUAUGUUGAUUUAUUAUCAUUAUAUAAAGCAGUAUCACAAAUGAUAUCAGAUUCAGUUGCAAAAGAUGGUAUAAUUGCCACAAAAACACCAAAAGUAAGAGGUUUAAGAACCAUUAAAAAAGAAAUAUUAAAAAUGAUUGAAACGUACAUUAAUCAAGCUGAUAAUUUAGAAGAAAUUGUUAGAGAUUUAACAACUCCAUUAUUUAAUGCUGUAUUAGAAGAUUAUAGUUCAAAUGUACCUGAUGCAAGAGAUGCAGAAGUAUUAAGAUGUUUAACUGCAUUAAUAUCAAAAGUUGGUCAUUUAAUUCCUGAUGGAGUUGUAUUAAUUUUACAAAAUGUUUUUGAAUGUACAUUAGAUAUGAUUAAAAAUGAUUUUGUUGAAUAUCCAGAACAUAGAGUUGAAUUUUAUAAAUUAUUAAGAGAAAUUAAUUCAAAAUCAUUCCAAGGUUUAUUACAAUUAUCUGGUGAAGCUUUCCAAUCAUUAAUCAAUGCUGCUUUAUGGGCUUUUAAACAUAACAAUAGAGAUGUUGAAGAUAAUGGAUUAAAUUUAUCAAUAAAUUUGAUUAAAAAUGUUGAAGAUUUAGGUGAUACACCAUUUACAAAAGCAUUUUAUGAAAAUUUUUAUUUCCAAAUAUUAUCAGAUACUUUUUACGUUUUCACACAACCAGAUCAUAAAGCAGGAUUCAAAUUUCAAGCACAAUUAUUAGCACAUUUAAUUCAUUUAGUACAAGAUAAUGUUAUAAAGAAUCCUUUAUAUACCCCAGAUCAAGCACCAACAGGUACAUCAAAUCAAGAGUUUUUAAAACAAUAUUUAUCACAAUUAUUAUCAUCAGCAUUUGAUAAUUUACAAGUUGAACAAUUAAAUAAUUUUUUAAAAGUUGCAACAACAAAUUAUAAUGAUAUAAAUAAAUUUAAAGCUACUUUAAGAGAUUUCUUGGUACAAUUAAAACAAUUUGGUGGUGAUCCAACUGAUUAUUUAUUUGCUGAAGAUAAAGAAAUUGAAAAAUUAGAAAUUGAUAGAAGAAAAAGAGAAUUAGAUUCAAAAGUUGGUGGAUUAAUCAGACCUUCUGAUUUGCUGGACGACUAA